AUGGAAGAAUGUCGUUUAUUGCGAAUGCAUGAGUGCCAACAAUGUGGUAAACGUUUUAAAGCACGAGGAGGCUUACAACAACAUAUACGUAUUCAUUCGAAUGAUCGACCAUAUCAGUGUAGAUUUUGUCCAAAGCGAUUUACACAAAAAUCGCAUGUUGACCAACAUGAACGAAUACAUACAGGCUCAAAGCCGUUUUCAUGCCAAAUUUGUGGUCGAGCUUUUCGGCAACGGUCACAACAGCUUGGUCAUGAAGCAACGCAUGCUAAUAGUGGUGUUCUAUCAGUUGCUGCGAAUAUUGCUGCCAGUCAACAAGUCCAAAUUAAUAAUGAUAAAUCACCUAUUGAUCAAAGCAAUGGACAUUCACCGAAGACUCCCGAACAACUAUUAAAUGGUGAUCAUCGUGCGCAGCUCACGAAUUUGGUGAAUAAUAAUGCUGCUGGUGGCAUGUUUGCUCAUACUGCUGUUACUUCAUUACUAGCAUUAAGUCAGGGUAUACAUCUGCAAUGA